UGGGUGUUUUAACGAACAGCUCAACAUUAUGACAAACGGAAUGAAAUCAGCUUCUCUGUCAUCAACUUCCCUUAUCUAUGUACAGAGUAGCAAUAUUCCAUUAUCAUCUUCAUACAUGAAAAAAUGUUGUGGAGUUCUACAGAUUUCGAUUUAUAAUCGUUAAAAUCAUAUUGCAUUGCGUGUUGAAUUUUUUAUCAGUCACCCGCAUUUUUAAUUUAAAAUAAAUAAUUUAUUUCUAAGAUUUCAUUAUGUCCACAGCAGUUUUCAGAUAGCUAGGUAUUUCUUUGGUUCACGUUAGAUACCCAUUAUGAUGAAUUGAAGAUAAUUAUGUCCUUGUAAUAAAUCGACGUUUAAGACCCACCCGUCUGCCCCCUUAUCUAUAAAUAAAGCAUCAAUGCUUUCCUAAGGGAAAAUAAAAAAAAUUAGUGAAUUUAUAAGGUAGGCAUUCUUCUCAAAUUAACAGUCUUUUAAAUAUCUACAAACUUUUUUGUUUCAUUUAAUUGAAAUAUAUAUUUUCAUUAAAAAAAUGCAAUUGAUCCGCCACUUACUGCAAAUGAAAUGCGUCAGACUAUCAUGAUGACAAGAGCAUCGCGAUAAAUUUUCUCUCAAGGUGUCAGAUUACAUGGUAUUUUUAGAAGGGUUGUGAUUCGUUGUUAUUUUUGUGUGGUGUCAUAAUACAUAUUGCUGUAUAGAUUAGACCACGCCCCCUUACUGGAACCUUAACUGUGCUGCGAGGGCUCAGGGCGGAUGUGACCGGUCCACAGGGAUGCUUACUCUUUUAGAUACCUGAUUCCACCUUUUCCAUACUCAGGGAUCCGUGUUUGUCCAACUCUCUAUUUUGUAUUCUUUAUAGGAGUUAUGAGAUUGGUCACUGUUCAUCAUCUUCAGCUUUGCAUUAAGCCAUUUCAACCUAUUAUACUUAGUUUUUUACUUUUAAAACUAGGAAACGCUACUUUAUCAGAGAGAGAGCCUGUGGAAUUUUUAUUGGAGCUACGACCAACAACAUCCUUCAACACAGAAAAGACAGCUUCAGCAUUAAUUUGCUUUACUGUUGCGGUAGAUGGGAUGAAAUUUGAGGGAUAUGGCAAGACAAAGACAGAAGCUCAACAUGAAGCAGCAACUGCAGCUCUUAAAGCCCUAUUCAAUAUUGUUUGUACUAAAGGACUGGAAACGACUGAGGCCGACUCAGACAAUGAGAGUAUUGCUAGUGAAAUAUCCCUUGUGGGGGAGAGUGCAGAUCAAAAGCUGAAGGAAGUAUCAAGAAGAGAUUCAAAUCUUAAUGAUGUUCGAGAUCAGUUGGAAAAAGAUGUGUUCUCUUUUCUUGUAAAAGAAUGUGGUGGAUGCACCAGUUUGAAAAGAUUUAAAGAGAUGUACAAUUCUCUACCUGAGGACUUUGAUGAGUGGUUAUUGAAGAAAAAGAAAAUACUAGCUGUGUAUAAGAAAGAAGGAAAACCUACGUAUAUUGCACCUUUCUUAAGAGAUGCAGAAACUUGUCUUCAUGAAUUAGGCCUUGGAAAUAGAAAAAGAUGUCAACGGAGAAAUUGCAAUUAUUUUCAUGUUUGCAUGUGGAACCUCAAUGGUAUGUGCAAACGUGGUGACAAAUGUACAUAUGGACAUACAUUCACCUCCGGUAACAACAAAGAAAUUAAAUGCAAACUGGGACUGAAUCGAUUUCGGGAUAAAGAAAUUCGCACAAUAUUAAAAUGCAGAUAUCCUCAAGUGUGCCCAGCAUCCCACUGUGAAGCGAACACUCCCGAGGAGUGUCCAUUUCUUCAUGUCUGUUACAACUAUAUUCGAGAUAAAUGUCAAAAUUCACCUUGCAGCAAAGGUCAUACUUUAGAUGAUCCUCACAACAAAUGGGUUUUAUCUGUUUAUGGAAUGUCACGAUGGCCUAGACAACAACUUGCUCGCUUAAAAGCUGUGGUUUCCAUUCACCGUGGACCAAAGAGAAACACAAAUGAAGAAGAUACAUCAUUGGAAGUUGAUAAUCACGAAAAAGCUUCAGAUUCCCUCAGCUCGUCAGAAAAUUAUUUAGCAGAAGGAGGUGAUAAUCCUAUUGAUGAGAGGGUGAAAAAUUAUGAAAUAGAGCAAAAUAAAGGAGAAAGCAAAAAUGAAAGAUCGGAGGAAGUAUACAAGACCAAGCUUGAAAGACGAAAUCGAUGGGAUAAGCCAGUUGAAGACACUGAAUUCAUGGCUGCUGUUACAACUAAAAAUAAUCCAAAGAAAAAACCCCCGUCGACGUCACAAAGUCGGGGAAUGAAAGAUAUACCAAAAAUUUGUUUGGCGUUGAACAAAUCCAGUGGACCAUGUCCUGAAAAGUGUAGCAGGUAUCAUACGGAACUCCCCUAUGAGUGGCAGAUAAAGAUAUACGGAGAAUGGGUCUGUUUUACAAGCAAUGAAAACCAAAAAAUAGAAAAGCAAUAUUGCCAACUAUCUGAUACAGUCGAAAGCGAGACAAAGCAUGAUGGUAGAGAUUACAAGAUUCGACUUAAUUUUCCGGAUAAUUAUGGACUUUUCAUCGAAAUUGACGGCGAGCCUUUUAGUGGUCCUGACCGCCACAUCAUCAGACGUCUUUCCACAAAGUCAUUUGCUGAUAGUUUGGAAAUAGCUUCUUCUGGUUCUUUUCACACGCAGUGGAGGUGGUACUAUAAAGACAAAGCGGAUGUCUGGAUUCCAUAUGAAGGGGAUGAUUUUCAGUCCACUUUGGAGUUAAAAUAUCUGAAAGGACAGAAGACGUAUGUAUUUACCAGACUGAAUCAUGGAUUAAAGUAUCGAAUAAGUUUCUCUGAGAUGCAGGAAACCAACUUAGAUACACAAGAAGCUCAAGCUAUACGUAGACGUCCAUUGUUUAUUUCAUUUUCCGAUGUGCGUGCCAAGAAUUAUUUGAAAUCUGUGAGGGUUACCAUUCUUCAUCCAGUACCUCCUGGUUGGUGUCUAUGGGAUCUCGCUCAUGAUUUCGAACAAGUGGAACUGGAACAAAUUACAGAAGAGUUUAAGAAGAUUGAGAAAGAUUUUUUCACAUCGAUGAACUACAAAUUCUUCAGAAUAGAGAACAUAUAUCGUGUACAGAACAAAACUCUUUGGAAUGAGUAUGAAAAGAGAAAAGAAUUCAUGGAAUUUGACAUGAAGAAGAUAGAAUCGAGAAUCGAAGGAAGACAUUUGUUCCACGGGACAGGCUCCAUGGAUGAAUGUUAUGGAAUAUGUACCAGCAACUUCGAUCUUCAAUCAAGUGGUAAAAAUGCUACUGCGUAUGGAAAAGGGUUAUAAUUCAAUGUGAGUGCCAAACACAGCCAUAGUUACACGAUGGGGCCACGCCGGGCUAUGUUUCAGGCCAAAGUGUUGGUGGGUCGUUACGCGAAAGGUGAGGAAAGUGUGACCUCUCCUCCCACCAUCCCAAAUGAGGAUCACAGGUGAUAUGACUCGUGUGUAGAUAACGUACAGAAUCCAAGCAUAUUUGUCGUGUUUGAUAGAAAUCAAAGUUACCCGGCAUAUUUGAUUGUCUACAAAGAGAAAUUGGGAUCUUCGAAACCUUUCUCGGAAACCUCCUUUUGUACAUUAACAUAAAUUUUACUUGUUUCAUGUUUUAAGAAGAUUUGGAAGCGUAAUGAUCAGAAGAAUAACAAUACUGGAUAUAGUGCAAUAAUUCAUUGUUUUAAGUAAUAGUACGCUAGCUUUACUUCAUUAUCUUGGCGCUCGUGAAAGUAAAUCAAGAUAUGAAAGUCACGAAUGUCUGAAAUUAAAGUGUCGAAUAUCGUAAAAACCUUGACAUUAGCACUUCUCAUCACAUUCUAUGAUAUUCCCUUGUAUUCCGUGUGUUACAUAUACCUGUGUUAAAGGCACUAUCAUGGAUUGAUAUUUUGCAUAAAUCACACUUUUGUAUACAAGUAUUUUCUGUACAGCUUCACACAAUUAAUUCGAACCACAAGGCAUUGAUAUGUGUAUGGGAUUAUUUUAUCAAAAAACUUUAAAACAACUGUACUCCCACACAUCCCUUCCCCAAAUACAGAGAGGAAAGAGAAAUAUAUCUACAGUCCCGGAAACGUUCUUCUUUCCCACUUGAACGGUGAGGGAACAGUGAACGCACGGUGAUCGAACGGUGAACGCAAAAUGAUCUAUUGGCUCGUAAUGUUUCGGAUUUUCCCCUGGGAUUUUACUUAUUUCAUAAUCAAGUAAUAAAAUACAUGUACAUGUCUAUUUCAUCAAUUAAUAAAAAAUGAAUUAAACCGGAAUCGUGAUGCAGCAUAAUUAACAGUUCUGGAGAUUUUUAAUGUAAUAUAUUUUUGUACAAGUACCGAGUACACAUAUAUAUAUUUCAUGAAAUUAUCGCAAAUUGUACAUUAAUACACGCAACAGUCAUACACAGACAAAAGUAAAUUUCGGAAGUAUAUUGUGUAUACCAUUACAUGCACAGAUACAUUUAAUGCAUGGGUAUAUUCUACAUGCGUCGUAACAUCCAGGAUUUACAGGUGUUCAUGUAUGGCUUCAAACUUUACAAGCUCGAUCGUUUGGGAUACCUGUAAUUAACAAACACCCCCGAAAGGAGUCAAGAUAGAUGCAGUAAACAAACAAUACGGACAGUAUACCCUGUGUCAACACCUCAACACUUCUAACAGUAUUAAAUAUUCCUACUUACAUUUUGUGUCGUUCAUUUGUCGCAGCUACAUCGACCCGAGGAAAUAAUCCUAGAAUUUAUGCAAGUACAAAACUUACUAUUUUUAUUAUUAAUGUGACCAUAGAUUGCAUUUAGAUCGAGCAAUAUUUGUAUAAUGUUUAAAGACUAAUGCAGAAACGUACCAGAUAAACUAUUACAUCUUUGCAUUAAGGACAAAUGUUACAAAAGUUUCAAAUUUGGCAAGAGUAGUAAAUAUCAGUUUAUUGACAAUGUCUUUCAUAAAUAUAGGGGAAAAUAGCUAUAUCAAUUUGACAUUCUGACACGUACAUACGGUACAAUGUACAUUAUGUAGCAUCGGUUGUUUGUUUUUAUUUUUCAAAGUAGGGGGAGGGGUGACUUGUUUAAUACUCGUGUCAAGCAAUGCAAAAUAAUUAUAAUAAUUUGUGCUUCUGCCCAAACUUGUAAAUGCUAAAUCGUCAACACAGGGGAAAAGGUUUUCAUUACCUGAAACUGCCUUAUUUUUUGUACUUGGGUUAAAUUCAUAACGACAAACUCUUAUAUUCGUCUCUCAUUAAGAAUUUUUUGAAUAAAAGUUCAAAUGAGCCUUUCGGCAUUCACAGUGAAUAAUCCUGACAUUUUGUACUUCAAAAUUAAAUUUCUGAUAUAGUAAGAAAGUCUUCUUCCACUUUUACGCACACGUUCAAUUUUCAUUUUUGCCUUGCUAUCAAGAUUGGUCAUUUCAUUUUGGUGUUCCGAAUGACAAUGAAAAGAUUGAACGAUGAACGAACGGUGAGCGCACGCUGAACGCUUUGUGAACGGUGAACGAACGGUGAGCGCACGGUGAACGCAAAACUGUGAACGGAGAGCGCACACAGAACGCACGCUGAACGUACGGUGAACGCACGCUGAACGAGCGGUGAACGCACGCUGAGCGAACAGUGAACGAACGGUGAGCGAACGGAAAAAUGGUAAAAUAGAACGUUUCGGGGACUGUAUACCUUAUCAGGAAAAAUAAGCUACAAUUUCAAUACAAAGAGUAUAUCGUUUAUAACGAUUUAGAAUUAACUUUAGUGUCUUUCUAGUGUUGUGCGCACUGAUUUUGAUUACGAAUAACUCCGGGUUUUUUUUUUUUUAUCUUUUAUACGGCUGAUAUGAACAGAAAAUUCGUUUAUAAAAAAACCCAGCCAGGAUGAUAGUAACGAAAGUUUUUACGUUACUAUCAUCAUUCAUUUCCGUUACUAUCAUCUUCGCUGUUUUUUCAACGACGAAUUUUCUGUUCAUAUGAGCCGUAUAAAAGAUAAAAUAACACCUGAUCGUAAUUGUUGCUAGUGUAUGAUAUUUCUUAACUACAUAUCAUUCGCAAAUAAUCAAUACAAAUAGAUAUAAUAAGUAAACGUGGUCUUUCCGGAAUUUCCUUCCGCCAUCUUGGGAUGAUAGUAACGAUCGUUACUAUCAUCAGUUUAAUACCAGUGAUGUUGUGAUAUUAAGCAUAAACACUCGUAUCUGGUGGCUAUUUUACAAAUCAAUCGUAAAUCGUAAACUUAGUCGUAAAUCUGAACGUAGCACAUGCGACCUUUUUGCGUACAGGUACGACUUGGGAUUUACGAACAAUAUUGAUCAUAACUCUACGAGUGGUCUACGACUCUCGUAAGUGUUCCUACUUGCACGUAAAUGAGCAAUAUGACCACCAUACUGACCCUACUUCACACCAUUUGUGGUAGUAUUUACCUGACUGAGUUUAUUGAAAACGAUCACAAUGACUUGCAUGAAAAUAUUGUGUAUCGGAGCCCAGAUUUAAAAUUAAUCACAGUUAUCCUUCUUUGCUACGCACAGCAAUAUAAGGCAAUAACUUCAUCGCUUCACUCUAUUAUUCCACUAUCACUAAUUCCUACUGUAAGGGGGAUAGUCAAUAAGUAUGUCGAACGUCGCAUGUAAAGAUACCGAAAACGGGGGUGGGGAUUGUAGCCAUAUUUGCCUGCGUCACCGUUAGUGAACAUGUAUACAUGUACAUAACAUUAGACAGAAUUUUCAAGAUGCAAUAAAAUUCUUGUAGGCAUUUUCAGAUUGUGUUGAAGUAAAAGUACAUGCAUAUACUACUUACUUACAUUUCAUUUCGUUAGGUACCGAAAGGCGUUCGAAUUCAUGUAUUCCCCAAUUAGUUUAUUUAACUACCAGAAUUGAUCUCAAAAGAAGAAUUUUUUUUCUUUUGCAGAGCAGAAAUAAAUGAUUACGGGUUUACGUCGUUUUUGGCAAUAUUUCCGUCAUUUUACAGUGGCAGAGCUAAAAUGAAUUCAUUUUGAAGUACAUCUUGAUCAAAUGCAAGUGCGGAGUUGUUCCUUUAAAUUCUUCAGCGUCAUUAGAAAAAAAAAAAUGAUAAAAAAAUUAAAACAAUGCAGGUUUUUUUUUUUCUUUUAAAAUGAAAAAGUGAAGAUAACGAGAGAAUAAUGCAGGAUUGUGUUUUAUAUUUAUGAAAAGGUGACUACAGCGAACAGUGCUUAAUCUCUAAAUCAGUACAUGAAAGGUGAAGAUAAAAACAGCAGAACAGCUUUUCUUGUUGACUUAGAUUUUUCAUACAAAUACAACGCUACCUUUCUUCUCCGUUUGCUCCCCACCCCUCAACUUUCAAUAACGACGCUAAACUGUGUCUGAACUCACUAUAUAUCUCAUAGUAAGUAACGUGUGCUUGUGCUUACUAAAAAGUUGUCCAAGUUUACGCAGAAAACGUGAUCUAGUUUGGCAUUCUAAAUAUUAAAACCUCGACGGAAUCAGGGACGACAUAAUGGUUACAAUAUUAUAUAUUCUCGCGCGUACGCGGGGUUUCAUUCAGUUAAUGUGAAAUUUCUACAUACAGCUGUGUGUCUAUUUCCAGUGUGUACCCUUUGAGCCAGAUGUACAAAAUGAAAUUAUUCCUGAAUGAAUUACACCCAAACCAAACAGUAACCAUUAUGACAUCACAGAAAUGUUAAAACAUACGUUUGUUAUAGUUCUACAAUGCAUGCAUGCGAUUUCUCUGAAUAUUCAUAUAUUUGUGAAUAAAGUUUGUACGUUAAAAUAUUUUGGGUCUUUUCAUAGUUUGUGUUGUGAAAGGGUUUACUAUUCCUUGUAAAUAAAAGAAAACUUGGUAAGCGAUGCAAUU